CAUCCUCAGCGUGGUGCAUUGAAACUAUUGUAAAACAACAACACUGCGAAGUCAGACUCCAAGCAAGAUUGCAAGUGUUUGGUAGUUUGCAUGUAGCAGCUAGACGAUCAGCCUGGAAUAAAGCGUCCUGCAUAUGACGGGAGGCGAGUCACCUCUGUCCUCCCGUUGUCAUCUCUGGUGCCAAAGCCUUGCUUCUGUGGGGAAUGAAGGGAAGCAAAAUGGAUCAAGAAGACAUGCCAGAGUUGCCCAUGAGUCAGGGGACAUUUGAUGAGUUCUGGUCCUCAAACGUGGAGAAUUUGGACAGCACCAUCCUGUAUGAUUUGCCACCAGCCUUUGGCAAUCCAGCGAUGGCAUUUAUGGAUUUGGGCUCAGCUAGCUUUGUGGGGCUGGAACUCCCGCUGGACGGGUCCGUGCCCACCCCUUCCAGCUCCCCUGGCGUGGACUGCCUGCCCCCCACCGCCACCACGGUGCCCUCCACCACCGACUACCCCGGCGACCUGGGCUUCUGCGUCCGCUUCACCCAGUUCAGCACCGCAAAAUCUGCCACCUCCACAUUCUCCCAGAAGCUGAACAAGCUCUUCUGCCAGCUGGCUAAGACCUGCCCGGUCGAGGUGCUGCUGGACGCGGGCGACCCUCCCGUGGGCUCCUACCUGCGGGCGACCGCCAUCUACAAGAAGUCCGACCACGUGGCCGACGUGGUGCUGCGCUGCCCUCACCACCAGAACAUUGCUGAGAAUAACGAAGGUGUGGCUCACCGCAGUCACCUGAUCCGCAUGGAGGGCACACAAAGGGCCCAGUAUCUGGAGGACGCCAACACCAAGCGCCAGAGUGUCGUCGUGCCGUACGAACGGCCACAGCUGGGCUCUGAGGCCACCACCAUACUUCUGAAUUUCAUGUGCAAUAGCAGCUGCAUGGGUGGCAUGAACCGCCGCCCUAUCCUCACCAUCCUGACCCUGGAGAGCCCAGAGGGUCAGGUCCUCGGGCGCCGGUGCUUUGAGGUGCGCGUGUGUGCCUGCCCGGGGCGCGACCGCAAGUCAGAAGAGGAGAACAGCAGCAAGAAGAACGGAGAAAAGAUUCUCUCAGGGACCAAAAGAAAAAUGCAGGCGUCUGAGCCGGAGAGGGAGGGGCAGGCCGUGCCCAAAGCUAGCUCCAGCAAGAAGCCCAAGACUGAAACCAACCCUGAUGACGAGAUCUUCACUCUUCAGGUUCGUGGGCGGAAGCGCUAUGAGAUGCUGAAAAGCAUCAACGACGGCCUGGAGCUCAGUGACGCGGUUCCCCCGGCAGACCAGGAGAAGUACAGGCAGAAAGGUGUGCCCAGAGCCAAACACGGUGACGCGGCGGUGGCCCCGAAGAGUGGCAAACGGCUGCUCAUCAAGGAGGAGAAAAGCGACUCCGACUGAGAAUCUGCACACAGUGGUGCACCUCCAAUCCUGCAGGGACCAUACACACACAUACACACACUCAAUCAAUAUCACACACACAUACACACGCACACACAAUGUGUCACACAUACACACGCACACACAAUACCGGUAUGUCACACAUACUCACACACACACACACACACACACGCACACGCACAAUAUGUCACACAUACUCGCAUCACACACACAACUAUAGGUCUUCCCUGCCAGGUUUUCCCUAGAAAACACCAGAACACCAGUGUUACCGUCACAGGACCACUAGAGACCUGCCCUGUACUGGUCCCCAAUUCCCACAACCCAUCGGUGCUUCCAUUAGUGGGUUCGCACUUUUUGUUCUCGGCAUCAUGAAAUUCGUUUCGUCUCCAUCUCUAACGUUUUUAUAUUUUUUAUAAUUAUAGUCUAAAGGUUAGAGGUGAAGUUGUGUAUUUUUGAAUGUCUUUUUUUAUGUUUUGUAUUGAAAAUGUUCGCAGAUUCUUUGUAUUUUCUUCUUUUGCUAUAUUUUCUCAGGCUUUAUUUUGUUAAGAAUUGUCAUUUAUUUCUUAUGCAUAUACGUACGUACACACACACACACACACACACAUACUGUACACACUUACACACACGCAAACUUUAUCAGCGUUUUUUGUUGGGGUUUUUUCCCCCUCACUGCCAAUUUCCAAACUGCCCUUGUUCACUUGUUUAUCAGUCUCAUAAAAUGAGUGUUUUUUUUCCUCUUUUUUCUUGGAAAAUGAAAAUGAGAACCCUUUUUUAAAAAAAAGAAAAUUAAUGAGAAAUUGGAUAAACAUAACAAAUAAACAUUCCUUAAACAA